UAUGCUAAGUCCGUAUCCACUCCUACUACAGAGAAGGCGUCUAUCGGUGUCCAAAUCCGCUCUGUGAGCCGGGAUGCUGGGGGGAUCUGUGAACCUCGGGGGGGCUCCUGGGCAUGGUUUUCACAUCACCAGGAAAUGAAAUACUGUUGUGUUUGUAUAUAUCUGUCAUUAGCAGAAAACACGUAACGUUAGUGUCCGCAUGAGAGAGACUCCUCUGGUGAAUUUCAGCCCCUUUUUUUCCACAUUUUCGGACGGUUGAGAAGCAGCAGCAGCAGCAGCAGUAGAGCCACAGGGAGUAGAACUAACAAGCCGCGGCCGCUUGACAGGUGCCGUCGCCCGGCUUCGCGAGGAGAGAUGCCGCCCGUCCAGAGAACAAUGUCCGAUCUUCGUACUCGGGCGGAAGGAUAUGAAAAGACAGAGGACACAUCAGAAAAGACAUCCUUAGCUGACCAAGAAGAUGCCCGACUGAUAUACCUUAACCAGCCACAGUUCACCAAGUUCUGCAGCAACCGAGUCAGCACUGCCAAAUAUAAUGUCCUCACCUUCCUUCCACGAUUCCUCUACUCGCAGUUCAGGAGGGCAGCCAAUGCCUUCUUCCUCUUCAUUGCACUCUUGCAGCAAAUCCCAGAUGUAUCUCCCACCGGUCGAUGGACAACGCUGGUGCCCCUUCUCUUCAUCCUGGUGGUCGCUGCUGUUAAGGAGGUCAUUGAGGAUCUGAAACGUCAUAAUGCUGACAACGUUGUCAACAAAAAGGAAUGUCAAGUUUUGAGGAAUGGUGCCUGGGAGAUUGUGCACUGGGAGAAGGUGGCUGUUGGGGAAGUAGUCAGAGCUGCAAAUGGGGAUCACCUCCCGGCUGACCUCGUCAUACUGUCAUCCAGCGAACCACAAGGUAUGUGCUACAUUGAAACCUCAAACUUGGAUGGAGAGACGAACCUUAAAAUCCGACAGGGACUUCAAAUGACUGCAGACAUAAAGGACAUUGACAGCCUCAUGCGUCUCUCCGGCCGUAUGGAGUGUGAGAGUCCGAACCGCCAUCUGUACGAGUUUGUUGGAAACAUCCGACUGGACGGCCACAGCACAGUGCCGUUGGGCCCAGACCAGAUCUUACUGAGAGGAGCCCAGCUGAGAAACACCCAGUGGGUCCAUGGUGUGGUGGUCUAUACAGGGCACGACACAAAGCUUAUGCAGAAUUCCACUCGGCCUCCUCUGAAGCUGUCCAACGUGGAGCGCAUUACCAACUUUCAGAUCCUUGUGCUGUUUGGCUGCCUGCUAGCCAUUUCUCUGGUCUGCUCCAUUGGCCAGACCAUCUGGAAGUACCAGUACGGCAAUGAUGCCUGGUACAUGGAUCUCAACUCUCCAGAUGGUGGGGCAGCUAACUUUGGUCUCAACUUCCUCACCUUCAUCAUUCUGUUCAACAACCUGAUCCCUAUCAGUCUUCUGGUCACACUGGAGGUCAUCAAGUUCAUCCAAGCGUUUUUCAUCAACUGGGACACUGACAUGCUCUAUGAGCCCACCAACACACCUGCCAUGGCUCGCACAUCAAACUUGAAUGAAGAAUUAGGCCAGGUGAAAUACAUCUUCUCAGACAAGACAGGGACUUUAACCUGCAAUGUGAUGCAGUUCAAGAAGUGCACCAUUGCCGGUGUAGCCUACGGUCACGUCCCAGAGGCUGAGGAGGGUAGUUUUGCAGAGGACGACUGUACUCUCGGGACAUAUUGUAUGCACAGCACACACUCAUCAGAUGAGGCUGGAUUUAAUGACCCGAGCUUACUGGAAAACCUCCAAAGUAAUCACCCUACAGCUGCUGUCAUCCUGGAGUUCAUGACCAUGAUGGCCAUCUGUCACACUGCAGUCCCUGAACGCACUGAUGGAAAGAUCACCUAUCAGGCAGCAUCUCCAGAUGAAGGAGCUCUGGUGAGAGCAGCACGAAACCUGGGAUUCGUGUUUUCAGGUCGAACCCCGGACAGUGUUAUAGUGGAAAUGCUUGGAACAGAAGAGAGGUAUGAGCUGCUUCAUGUGCUGGAGUUUACAAGCACGAGGAAGAGAAUGUCAGUCAUCAUGCGCACGCCAUCUGGGAAGAUUCGCCUCUACUGCAAAGGAGCUGACACAGUGAUUUAUGACCGUCUGGCAGACAGUUCUCGGUACAAGGAGAUUACGUUGAAGCACCUGGAACAGUUCGCAACUGAGGGGCUGCGCACUCUAUGCUUUGCGGUGGCAGACAUCAGUGAGUCAUCCUAUCAGCAGUGGCAGGAGGUCCACCACAGGGCCUGCACCUCCCUGCAGAACAGAGCCUUGAAGCUGGAGGAGAGCUAUGAACUGAUUGAGAAGAACUUGCAGCUCCUGGGAGCCACAGCGAUUGAGGACAAACUCCAGGAUAAAGUACCUGAGACCAUAGAGACCCUGAUGAAAGCUGACAUCAAAAUCUGGAUCCUGACUGGAGACAAACAGGAAACAGCCAUCAAUAUUGGACAUUCCUGCAAACUACUGACUAAGAACAUGGGCAUGCUUGUGAUCAAUGAAGACACACUUGAUGCAACAAGGGAAACCCUCAGCUAUCACUGUGGAAUGCUGGGAGAUGCCCUCUACAAGGAAAACGACUUUGCUCUCAUUAUUGAUGGGAAAACGUUGAAAUAUGCCCUGACAUUCGGAGUACGACAGUACUUCCUGGACCUCGCCCUCUCCUGUAAAGCUGUCAUUUGCUGCAGAGUGUCUCCUCUUCAGAAGUCAGAGGUGGUAGAAAUGGUGAAGAAACAGGUGAAGGUGAUCACACUGGCUAUCGGUGACGGUGCUAACGACGUGGGAAUGAUCCAGACAGCUCAUGUUGGAGUGGGGAUCUCAGGAAAUGAGGGUCUGCAGGCAGCAAACUCCUCUGACUACUCUAUUGCUCAGUUCAAAUACUUGAAGAAUCUGUUGCUCGUCCAUGGAGCUUGGAACUACAACCGUGUAGCCAAGUGUAUCCUGUACUGCUUCUACAAGAAUAUUGUCCUCUACAUUAUUGAGAUCUGGUUCGCGUUUGUCAAUGGCUUCUCUGGUCAGAUUCUGUUUGAACGCUGGUGCAUUGGUCUGUACAAUGUGAUCUUCACUGCUCUGCCUCCUCUCACUCUGGGAAUUUUUGAGCGUUCCUGCAGGAAAGAGAACAUGCUGAAGUACCCAGAACUUUACAAAUCCUCCCAAAAUGCCAUGGGCUUUAAUACCAAGGUCUUCUGGGCCCAUUGUCUGAAUGGCCUCUUCCACUCCGUCAUCCUCUUCUGGUUCCCCCUUAAAGCUUUCCAGCAUGAUACAGUUUUUGGCAGUGGACAAACUCCAGACUAUCUCCUCUUAGGAAACAUGGUUUACACGUUUGUGGUCAUCACAGUUUGUCUUAAAGCUGGUCUUGAGACCUCAUCAUGGACCAUGUUCAGUCACAUCGCCAUCUGGGGAAGCAUUGCCCUGUGGGUGGUGUUUUUCAUUAUCUACUCCUCCCUGUGGCCCCUCAUCCCUCUGGCUCCCGACAUGUCAGGAGAGGCUAGCAUGAUGUUCAGUUCGGGAGUCUUCUGGAUGGGCCUGUUCUUCAUCCCAGUCACCUCCCUGGUCUUUGACGUGGCCUACAAAGUGGUGAAGAAGGUGUGUUUCAAGACUCUGGUGGAUGAGGUGCAGGAGCUGGAAGCUUUAUCCAAAGACCCUGGAGCUGUGGUGCACGGGAAAAGUUUGACGGAGAGGGCUCAGCUCCUGAAGAACGUCUUCAAGAAGAGCACGGUCAGCUUGUACCGCUCUGACUCCAUGCAGCAGAACCUGCUCCAUGGUUACGCCUUCUCUCAAGAUGAGAACGGGGUGGUAUCUCAGUCUGAAGUCAUCAGAGCGUACGACACCACCAAACAGAGGACCAACGACUGGUGAAGUCAGGCCUCCUCGGUCCCAGCCGGCCAAUCGAGAGCCGCAUCAGCCGUUUCCAAUGGUGACAUUUGACGCUUAACCCGGGAGAAACCGUGGAGCGAGUCUGUGCCUCGUUCCUGAGGGGAAUUAAUGGACAUGAUAAAGAAACAAACAGAGGAGAGUGAUACCAUGUUUUAUCUUAGAAAAGGGGAAGAAAAACAAAACAAAACAAAAAGGAACAAAAACUACUGAAAACAUGUUCACUAUCAGCUGUAGUUGUGUGUCCGGCAGACAUAAUGAGCACUGUGCUUUCUUAGCAGUCUGUGGUCUGAAGUUCUUCACUGUUCUCGCUCAGUUUGUCAGUCUCCUUUUCACUGAUUUAAGGAAUGACCGUUUAAAUCUCUGAGCCACUAAGUCUCAAAUCAUCAUAGUAAAUUGACAUGAGCUCCUCCUAAACACUGAUAUUAUUAAAGAUAAAACACUGGAUGAUGAGUGGAGAAGAUCUAAACUUGUGUCAGAUUGCCAAAGAGCAGUCGUAUAUACAAUCUUCUAAAUACUAGUGAAUUCGGAUAAAAACCUUAAACCAAAUGUGAUCACACUCCUCGGUGUAUUCCAGCACUAAAUGGACCACUUCAGCACAGACAUUUGUAAAACUUUUAUUUUAAUUUGCACUUAAAGAAGCGUCUGUUGUGUAAAGCCUUACAUUUACUCAUGCCUUCAUCCUUAUUUCCUUCAUGUUUUAUUCUUAGUUUCCUUUUUAAUAUAUGUAGAUAAUGUGCCUGGUUUUAUUUUAAGUUUUUUUUUUUUUUUUCGUUUUUAAGCUGUUGCCUCCUGCAACGCAAUCCUGUUUCCACUUUUAUUACAGCUCUUGACAAAUACUUGCAUUCCACACAUCACUCCUGUCUCAACAAUCACAACGGUGCCUACGUAAAAAACUUUUCCCUCGUAGAAGAAAAACAUAGCCAAGAAUAGUUUAGCCAGCUAGCUUAGGACAGUGCUCCACACACACCUACUGAAGAAAUCACCACAGUUUUGCACUUGUACAAUGUGAAAACGACAGAGCGCCUCAUGGCACAUGUAAAGUAAGAAAAAAAAAAAAGAAGAAGAAGCUGAGAUUAGUUCCUGCAGAGUUGAACAGGAGGCUCUGUGACGGUGUUGAUGAAGCUGACGGUAGUGGCUUCUAUUUGAUGGUAACGUUUCCCUUAAAAUGGAGAUUUUAUCUUUCUAACAUAAGUGCCAUUAGCUUAAGGGAGAGAGAAACAUUAGCCAGGAAACUCCACGACAGUAUCAAAACUACUUUGUCUCUAUAGUUAUUUUGUGGAUUUGUAUUUUUAUAUUGGAGAUGUAUGAAUUUUGCAUUGACUGGCUUUGUAAUGAACUGUCUGUAACUUUUGUUUUUUUUUCCUCGGAUAAACUGGCAGGAUAGAGUAGAUAGAAUGAGGAGCUUUCUUAAAUGUCUUGUUAUUAUUAAUAUUAAUAUUGUUACAGCUUGAUUUAUUUAUAAUUGACUACUUAAUGUCUGUGUGAUUGCUUUCUUCUCCCUAUGGGAGAUCGGAUUUCUGACCAUGUGUGAGUGUGUGUCGGUUUAUCGCCUGCAUGUGCAUGUGCUGUGUGUAUGUGUGUGUGCAGACGUGUGCGUGUGUGUGUGCGUGUCACCUCUACUGUGGAUAACUUCUGUGUAUGCACUGCAUGUCUGUGUCCUCUAUGUGAGACCGGGAGCAGCUCUCUCACUGUCUCCUGGUGUGUUUCUUUUAUUACAUGUGUGUGUUUAUGGAUGUGUGUAUGUGUGUGAGUGUAUGUGUGUGUGUGUGUGUGUGUGUGUGUGUGUGUGUGGUGACGCUUGCUGCAGUUGUCCGUCUGCACGACUCCAGAUAUAGCUAUGGUGUACUGCUGUGUGCUGAUGCAUGGCCCUUAUGGGAAAGUGUGAGUGUCAGUGUGUGGUCCGACUGUGUGUGUUUGUUCGGUCACACUCUCGCUGUGGGAGUGUUUUUGGCCUCAGCUCGCUUCGACAGGAGAUGUUGCACAAUGCACUCGAUGUACCUUUCCAGUCGUGGAUAUCUGGUAUUAUCUGGUUUAUGAUUUCUCUGAGUGUACAUGUUGGUAACUCUUUUUUCUUCAUGCAAUGUACCUCUGCUUUACAGGAAAAGCUCUUUUUUGUGUUUCUCAGUUCUGGUGAUGGUUUAUGACUUUCGUUCCUCUGCUGGUCUUUAGUGUUAACUGAUCGGUUGUCAUCUUGUCGAGAUUUACCAAACCGCUGAAUGUGGAUGUUGUCGUUGUGGAAAGGCUUGGACUGUUGCUUUUAUUUCCAGAAAACAUAAAACACGUUGUUGUCUGUGAAAGUCGUGGGCUGCAUGAAUGGAUAACACAAACUGUUCUCUGAAGUGUUAACUGUACUACUUUGAUUCUCCCUCGAGUGUUGAUCACUUUACAAAAAGAAAAAAAUUGCACCUUUAACUUUUUCUUUCCAAUUAUUUGUUUUCUUUUUCUGUCAUUUUGUUCAAUGAUUGUUCUGCAUGUUGGGACUGCAAACUUAUAAGUGUCGUCUUUUACUGCCAUGAAGGACUACUGAAAUAAACUUUACAAUCAUGGAGGAACAA